GUGGGAGUAAAGAGUAUAAAGUUGGCACCACAAACUGUUAUAAGUCAAAGGCUUAAACCCGGAAAGUUGGGUAAGUUGUACUGUGCGACUUUUGAUUGAAUAAAUCAGUAUAUAUCAGUGGAGUUAAAAUUUAGAAUAUAAAACCGAUAAGAGCGUAAUUAUUUAGAUUUUUCUUUUGAAAGAUAUCGUGUAGAUUCCUUGAUCAGUUUAUUUUUUACAAUUGAAAUCUAAAGAGCAUAAUAAAGAUGCCGUGUAAAAAAAAAACAAUGGAUUCUGAGUUAGACUUUUACUGCGGAAAAUUUCAUUAUUUAGUCUAAGUUAGUCUUGGAUAUGACCCUGUACAGUUUAUUACCAGAUGACCUAUGGAAUUAUGUGUUACUUGCAGUUUGGCUUCCUUAUUUUGACAUAGUUGGAAGAUUAAAGUUAGAAGGAACAUUAUUGUGGAAUAUUAGCGAAGAAGUAACUUUCGAUAAUGAACGGCCCAAAGGAAGUUUACAAUUAAAAUAUUAUUAUUAUUAUUAUUAUUAUUUUGUCUCGUACAAACUACAUGUUUGAACAUAACACAUUUUUUUUUAUUAGUGAAGGGAUGAAGGGUUUAAAAAAAAAUCCAUAGCAUUUUUUUUCCGAAUCAUCCUACAGCUAAUUAAGGAAGCAAAGAGAGAGAAUUAUAAAGAAAUUAUUGAAAACAAAAGAAUGUCUGUUGUCAAGUAUUUUUUUGUCAAAUUCGUUUAAAAAUAAUAAUAAUAAUAUUUUGUCAAAUAUUUUAUGUCGGACACUUAUGUGUUUGACAAUCUCAAAUUUUGUUAAACAGAAUAUUUAUGAUGUCUUGUGUUUAAGAAACAUGAAAAUUUUAAAGCUAAACAAACAGUUCCUUUUGAAUAUUGGCAGUUUAAUGUUAACCCGCAUACUGAUAUAUAGAGGGAGCCCAAGAAGAUUUUUCUUCUAGAUAUUGAGGCUAUUAGUUUCAAUUACUAAAUUAUACAGUAUAUAUGUUUUAAGAUUGGAUAAGAUAGAUGCUCACCUCAUUAAAAAUUAGAUAUAGUUGUUUGUUUCAAAACUGAAAUUCUAAGAUAAAAAUGAAAAAUUUAAUUUACAAUUUAAUUCAACUUCCUGACUACUCAGGAAUACAAAUCAGUGAAGUACAAGUUUGGGCUCCAGAGGUAUAGAAACACAAGAAAGUCUGUUUUUCUUUUUGAUGAAAAGAUAAUUGUGAGGUGUUGCGUGGUAAAAAAAGAAGAAGAAGAGAGUUUAGUAGUUUAAUCUACUUUAGAAUUUACAGUGGAUUAUUAAAACAAAUGAAGAUUCCCCUUAUGCUUUAGGAAAGAUUUUCUUGUAGAGAACCACCUUGACAAUAGACAGUAGAAGUGUAACAUACCAAGAGAAUGAUUUUUCUUGAAAGUAUAAAACAUGCACUAGACUUGAGUACUUCAUCACGCCUAAAAGAAGAAGAAGUCAUAAGGAUCCAACAGUAAAUACAUAAUACUAUGUUUGUGUCAUUAAUUUUUUUUUUUUAAAAAAAAAUAGGCUUACAUAUGAGUCUCAUACGUCAUAACGCUGCUACGAUGAACAGUUUGUGAGAUAGCUAAUAAGUUGGUAUAAUACAAAAAGGGCGUGUUGCAUAAAUAAAGCAAUCUGUUGGAUAGAAUCGAUAAAUGGCGAAUGAGAAAACUCCAUCCUUACCCACACCGUCAAUAAAUUGUGAAGAGGAAACUCUUAAAGAUCACAGGGAAGAAAACAUUUUUCAGAUACUGUAAUGCUAGAAUUUCAGCAAUCAAGGAUUAAUUUUGGAAAGAGUUCUAUUCUUAUAUAUUUUAAAAAAAAAAGUUUGGCUUAUGUAGGCAUACCAAUACCAGUGGAAGGUGAUUUUCAUUUUCAUUUUUAGUAGUAUGUGGGGUAAGUUUUUAUGACACAGUAAAAUUUGACUAUUGUUUUUCCUUUUCAUUUUAAUAAGCAAAAUAGGCAAAGUAAUUAGUAUACAUAUGCAAUCUUGUGAGAUUGUGAUCUUGUGAUGUAGUGUUAGCAGAAAAUAUUAGUGUUUAAACAAGUUUUCUUGUUAAGGUAAAUUAUCAAGAAUUUGUUGUGAUCUUGUGUAGUAGUAGUAUGUCUCCCCAAUAAUAGAAACAUGAUCUGAUUAAUAAUUGCAAGAAAUGUCAGUUUGAAAUUGAAGCAUUAAAGUCACAUGCUCCUGAAGUAAGUAACCUUGUAAAAGAUACAAAGUUAUUGUCGUUGCAUUAAAACCAUGUGAGAGGUCAGAAAAGAAAUAAUGUGAGAUGGCGUUAUCCCGCGUUGUUCUAAGUUUCGAGGACGAAACUUUUAUAAGGUGGGAGGGGUUGUAACACCCCGAGUUUAGCGAUCUAGUUACAUUAAUUUUUUAUUUUAUUUAGUUAGAUGAAUAAGUUUAUUUUAUGAAUAAUGUGAUUUAUUGUUUGAUCAUGUGUUGUUUUGACAGUUAACGUUGACCGGUAAGCUCUAAUAAUUUCAAGUGGAGAAAUAAGUAAUGUUUUAAAGCUUAAUCAGUUUAUUUUUAAAUAGAAGAUACUUUUAAUGUCUUAGAAACAUAUUUUUAAGAGAUGAUUAGAAGCCCAAUUCAGUUAACUAAGCCCAUGUUUGAGAUUGAAAUCCCUAAGAAGUGGUCAUACGUGUUAUUAAAAACCAAGGUCUCGACAUGCGUCUCUAUCCUUCCAUCAGCAGCCGUCUCUUCUCCCCGGAAGAGUUUUCAUUACUUUCAAUUUGCGAUCAAAGUUGUACUUAGUUCUGAAUCAAAUCUAAAACCUGGUAUGUUACAAGUUUCCUUCGGUCACAUACUUUCUUUUUACAUUGCCAGAAUACUUUUGAAAGUAGGUUGUUUAUUUAGGCAGAAAAGUUUCCACCGAAAGCAAUUCUAAAUUUUUUGGUUAAACUGUUCGGUUGUAUUUUUGAGUGGAAUUGGCAUAAUUGAUUUUUUUUUAAAUUAGUACUUGUUUAGAGAACAUGGAGGUUGGUUUAUUUUAGAAGCUGCAUAGGGCUGCUAACUCACAGAAUCAGGUCCUUAGAGCUAAUGUUAUACUUCGUAGUUCAAACUUUGUCUUAACUUUAGAUUUACUUCAAUUCAAUCGUAGACCAGUCUGAUAACUGCUGCUAUUUUUCGAUUUUAAGAUUUCUUUACAGGUUUGAAGGCAUAAUUGUCUGAAAAGUGAUUUGUUUGAAACCUAAGCUUGAGUUUUUUUUAUCUUCAGGGGGGCUAGUUUCAUUUAUUUUAAUUUUGGGGAUUUUUGAUUGACGAGUUAAUAAGUUGAUGCAUAGAGAUUUUAAAAUAGAAGAAUUCCAUUUUUUUUCAUGUAUUCAAAAUGUAUAAUCGAUUGGUGCUUAGCUAGAUUUCUUUAGUGGAUGACCUGAAUAUCAGUUUAGUUUUAGGUAAUAAUUUGUGUUUUGUUAGAAAGAACAAAAAAAAAAAACAAGACCCGGACAGUUCAUAUUUUCCUCAAACAACUAACUUGGGUAGUAGCAAAAGAUCACUAAAUUGGUCAUUUGGUCUGCACUUUUAAGCUUUGGUUAUAGUAUAAUGAGUUUUUAUUGUAAUAUUAUACUCAAUUAAAGAUUUAAGAGAAGAGCUUACCGGGGAGACGUUAUCAAGGUGCCACACUUAUCUGAGUAUUUUGAGUUCAGCUGCUAACAGGUAAGUUCACUACCACCUGUACAUGUUUGUUCAACCAAAUGAAAGAAAGAAGUCUGGUUGAUUUUUAAUAGAUAAUUUUAGACUAUUUGCUAUUAUGUGAACUAUGUGAAUUAUGUGAUGAGUUAUUUUAUUGCUAGAUUAAGUUAUGUUUAUUAUCUGGCAUAGUCAAGAUUUGUUAGUACUUUCGUUUCCAGAUUUAAUGAUGUUUAGUCAAACGUCACCAUAAAAAGAACUAAUACUUAAAGUGAAAGAUUAAGUGAUAUGUACUCGGGAAUUAGAUCCCUCAGAUUAGCAGUUUUAGUUUUAGAUAGUCCGAUAUGUUUAGUGGGUCGCUUCCCUGAGCUGUCAGAUUGGCGCCAUUGAGUACAUAUCACGGGCCCACAGUUAAAAUUAGCCACAAAGAGUUUUACAGAAAGUUUAAUGAGAUCUCUUUCAGAAAGUUUUACAGAAAGUUUAAUGAGAUCUCUUUCAGAAAGUCUUACAGAAAGUUGUUUUUGAGAUCUCCUUCAGAAAGUUUACAGAGAUGUUUUUAGAAAGAAAUUUUGAGAUCUCUCCAGCAGUUUUGAGAAAUUAUUUUAGAAAAUAUUUUCUUUUGAGAUCUCCCUCAAAAUGAAUUUGAGAAGAUAUGUGUUAUUGUGUUAGUUACUUGUUCAGUGCAUGCUUAUAGCCUAAUUUUAUCUAUUGAUAAAUUAGCAUAGACUUCUCAUAUAUUUUUGUGGAUCCAUAGUGACUUACUAAGCGUAAAGCUUAUCAGUUUUCUUUCUUCGCAUGUACAGAUACUAAGGGUAAGGCCAAGGCCUAGGAAGAUGACGAGGGAGUGGAACGCGUGCCAAGAUGAGUUAACGGGAACGACCUUGGUGGCUUCUAGCUAGAUAAUAUUUGGUUUCAGUAUUUCAGUGUUAUAAUAAAGUGACUUAUAUUACUUUAUCUUUUUUAUUUGAGGAUUUGAAGUUUUAGCAAAUUCCUGGAUCCAGGUGGUUAUCACAUGUGCUGGUGAUAACUAUAUUUUAUUGAGUUUUUAUCAAGAGUUAUACUUUAAUUAUAUUUGAGAUUUUAUCAGGGUUAUUUUCUUAAAUAGACGGCCGUUAAUUGCAGCUAUUUUUUUUAAAAGUAGUAAGUUAGUGUAACGAUUCCUUUAACCCUGAGAGGGGCGUUACAAAUUUGGUAUCAGAGCCCAGGUUGUCCCGUAACUUCAUCUGUCACCGUACACGUGCUCGUCAUCUUCCAAGUAAGUACUUAUUUAUGUAAAGAGUCAUCUAGGCCAUAAUAUAUUUGGGUGUUGUUGGUAUUAGUUAGAUAGAAAAGUCAAGUAAGAGUAAUGUAUACUCAACUCGUAAAACCAUUAUGUCAUUACAAGUUAUCCAGAUUAAAAUUUUAUUCGAGUGCCUAAACUCUUAAGUUAGAUCUUCUAUUUCAUAUAGGAAGUAUUUAGGGUGGUUAUUUAAAACACCAUAGUCGUAGACUACUGGUCAUAUAUGUCUCGUGGUUAAGUAUUUACAGUCUUACCAUUCAGAUCUUGUUGAUCUUUCAUAAUAGACAUUUUGAAUACACCCCGUCUACUCAAGAUUUAAAUUAGAUUAAAAAAAAAGUUUUAGAAUUGGUCUAAUAUUUCAUGUUUUAUUACUCGAUUCCCAUCAGUUAUUUUUAUUUAUUAGCACACAUAUAUCAAAUAAAAUGUCAGUUUGGUAGGACCACACCGACCCGGUGCUUACAACGAAAGAAUAUUUCCCACAAGCACGUGAGUCAUUGUAUUAUAGUUAUUGCAUUUAUCUAUUUAUAAAUUAAAACUAUUUUAAAAAUGCUCAUGAUAUUAGCUCUAUCUUAUUAUUUGCCAAAAAAAAUAGUGUAGUUAUAAGUUAGAGCUUAUUUUUUUAAUGUAAAAUGUUGAAGCUUCACUUUAGAUUUCAAAAGCUCUUAAAUAGUGGAUUCAAAUGUUUUAUCAACAAUAUCAUAAGCUGCAUGAUUUUUUUUAAGUGUUGAGUGUCGGUGUUUCAUGUUUGGUAUCUUAAAUUGCUGGGAGGGCCCCUCAGCGAUUUGAUGAUUCCAACAGGAGAUAUCGGUGAUCGGACACUACUUUAAAAUGAUCAAUGGUCAGAUUAUACAUUUCUUUACGUUGUAAAUGCUUAUUUCAAAAUAAGUUUUAAAGUGUGUUGAUUAAUCAUUUAAUGCGUUUAGUGAUUAAUGAUUGAUCACAUGGCAGUGAUUUUUUUUUACCAAAAUUCAAAUAAGUAAUUUUUUUAGUGAUAUAUUAGUAUUGUAUUUAGUUAUUUCCUCAAAAGUAUGUUUCAGAAGAAAUUUAGAGUUUUAAAAUAUCUCAAAGAAAUUUUCAGAGUAUUCUCAGCUUUUGGCACUGAGAUUUAAAAAAAUGUUGUACAUUCUUUUUACAAAGGUUGCCCUCACAUUUUUCCCCCAUUGGUUACCAAAAGGAUAUUGAGUCUCACCACUUAAAUUUCUUUAGAAUGAUCUGCCAUUAAAGUCUAUAUAUGUGAUUCAAGUCUUUAAUAGUAUCUGGUCCGUAGAAGUUAGAUUACAAGAGCUGAGUGGAAGGAUUAGAUUAAACUAGUUUCUGGUAGAUCAUGUGAGUCUUGGAACCUCCUCGUGCACACUACGAUAUAGGGAUUUGUGAAGUGUGUUUCAAUACGAUGUGACCUAGAGUACGAAGAUUUUGAUAGAAUAAAGAAUAUGGUAGUAUGGUACUAUCAAGCUCUCGUAGAACCAUUAUGUAUGAGUAAUGGUAAAGUGUAUCCCAACGAGCUUGUGUGGGGAACUAGUAUGCUCUAUGAGUAAUAGAAUAAUUGGUGGGAGUAAAGAGUAUAAAGUUGGCACCACAAACUGUUAUAAGUCAAAGGCUUAAACCCGGAAAGUUGGGUAAGUUGUACUGUGCGACUUUUGAUUGAAUAAAUCAGUAUAUAUCAGUGGAGUUAAAAUUUAGAAUAUAAAACCGAUAAGAGCGUAAUUAUUUAGAUUUUUCUUUUGAAAGAUAUCGUGUAGAUUCCUUGAUUAGUUUAUUUUUUACAAUUGAAAUCUAAAGAGCAUAAUAAAGAUGCCGUGUAAAAAAAAACAAUGGAUUCUGAGUUAGACUUUUACUGCGGAAAAUUUCAUUAUUUAGUCUAAGUUAGUCUUGGAUAUGACCCUGUACAGUUUAUUACCAGAUGACCUAUGGAAUUAUGUGUUACUUGCAGUUUGGCUUCCUUAUUUUGACAUAGUUGGAAGAUUAAAGUUAGAAGGAACAUUAUUGUGGAAUAUUAGCGAAGAAGUAACUUUCGAUAAUGAACGGCCCAAAGGAAGUUUACAAUUAAAAUAUUAUUAUUAUUAUUAUUAUUAUUUUGUCUCGUACAGACUACAUGUUUGAACAUAACAUAUUUUUUUUAUUAGUGAAGGGAUGAAGGGUUUAAAAAAAAAAUCCAUAGCAUUUUUUUUCCGAAUCAUCCUACAGCUAAUUAAGGAAGCAAAGAGAGAGAAUUAUAAAGAAAUUAUUGAAAACAAAAGAAUGUCUGUUGUCAAGUAUUUUUUUGUCAAAUUCGUUUAAAAAUAAUAAUAAUAAUAUUUUGUCAAAUAUUUUAUGUCGGACACUUAUGUGUUUGACAAUCUCAAAUUUUGUUAAACAGAAUAUUUAUGAUGUCUUGUGUUUAAGAAACAUGAAAAUUUUAAAGCUAAACAAACAGUUCCUUUUGAAUAUUGGCAGUUUAAUGUUAACCCGCAUACUGAUAUAUAGAGGGAGCCCAAGAAGAUUUUUCUUCUAGAUAUUGAGGCUAUUAGUUUCAAUUACUAAAUUAUACAGUAUAUAUGUUUUAAGAUUGGAUAAGAUAGAUGCUCACCUCAUUAAAAAUUAGAUAUAGUUGUUUGUUUCAAAACUGAAAUUCUAAGAUAAAAAUGAAAAAUUUAAUUUACAAUUUAAUUCAACUUCCUGACUACUCAGGAAUACAAAUCAGUGAAGUACAAGUUUGGGCUCCAGAGGUAUAGAAACACAAGAAAGUCUGUUUUUCUUUUUGAUGAAAAGAUAAUUGUGAGGUGUUGCGUGGUAAAAAAAGAAGAAGAAGAGAGUUUAGUAGUUUAAUCUACUUUAGAAUUUACAGUGGAUUAUUAAAACAAAUGAAGAUUCCCCUUAUGCUUUAGGAAAGAUUUUCUUGUAGAGAACCACCUUGACAAUAGACAGUAGAAGUGUAACAUACCAAGAGAAUGAUUUUUCUUGAAAGUAUAAAACAUGCACUAGACUUGAGUACUUCAUCACGCCUAAAAGAAGAAGAAGUCAUAAGGAUCCAACAGUAAAUACAUAAUACUAUGUUUGUGUCAUUAAUUUUUUUUUUUUUAAAAAAUAGGCUUACAUAUGAGUCUCAUACGUCAUAACGCUGCUACGAUGAACAGUUUGUGAGAUAGCUAAUAAGUUGGUAUAAUACAAAAAGGGCGUGUUGCAUAAAUAAAGCAAUCUGUUGGAUAGAAUCGAUAAAUGGCGAAUGAGAAAACUCCAUCCUUACCCACACCGUCAAUAAAUUGUGAAGAGGAAACUCUUAAAGAUCACAGGGAAGAAAACAUUUUUCAGAUACUGUAAUGCUAGAAUUUCAGCAAUCAAGGAUUAAUUUUGGAAAGAGUUCUAUUCUUAUAUAUUUUUAAAAAAAAAAGUUUGGCUUAUGUAGGCAUACCAAUACCAGUGGAAGGUGAUUUUCAUUUUCAUUUUUAGUAGUAUGUGGGGUAAGUUUUUAUGACACAGUAAAAUUUGACUAUUGUUUUUCCUUUUCAUUUUAAUAAGCAAAAUAGGCAAAGUAAUUAGUAUACAUAUGCAAUCUUGUGAGAUUGUGAUCUUGUGAUGUAGUGUUAGCAGAAAAUAUUAGUGUUUAAACAAGUUUUCUUGUUGAGGUAAAUUAUCAAGAAUUUGUUGUGAUCUUGUGUAGUAGUAGUAUGUCUCCCCAAUAAUAGAAACAUGAUCUGAUUAAUAAUUGCAAGAAAUGUCAGUUUGAAAUUGAAGCAUUAAAGUCACAUGCUCCUGAAGUAAGUAACCUUGUAAAAGAUACAAAGUUAUUGUCGUUGCAUUAAAACCAUGUGAGAGGUCAGAAAAGAAAUAAUGUGAGAUGGCGUUAUCCCGCGUUGUUCUAAGUUUCGAGGACGAAACUUUUAUAAGGUGGGAGGGGUUGUAACACCCCGAGUUUAGCGAUCUAGUUACAUUAAUUUUUUAUUUUAUUUAGUUAGAUGAAUAAGUUUAUUUUAUGAAUAAUGUGAUUUAUUGUUUGAUCAUGUGUUGUUUUGGCAGUUAACGUUGACCGGUAAGCUCUAAUAAUUUCAAGUGGAGAAAUAAGUAAUGUUUUAAAGCUUAAUCAGUUUAUUUUUAAAUAGAAGAUACUUUUAAUGUCUUAGAAACAUAUUUUUAAGAGAUGAUUAGAAGCCCAAUUCAGUUAACUAAGCCCAUGUUUGAGAUUGAAAUCCCUAAGAAGUGGUCAUACGUGUUAUUAAAAACCAAGGUCUCGACAUGCGUCUCUAUCCUUCCAUCAGCAGCCGUCUCUUCUCCCCGGAAGAGUUUUCAUUACUUUCAAUUUGCGAUCAAAGUUGUACUUAGUUCUGAAUCAAAUCUAAAACCUGGUAUGUUACAAGUUUCCUUCGGUCACAUACUUUCUUUUUACAUUGCCAGAAUACUUUUGAAAGUAGGUUGUUUAUUUAGGCAGAAAAGUUUCCACCGAAAGCAAUUCUAAAUUUUUUGGUUAAACUGUUCGGUUGUAUUUUUGAGUGGAAUUGGCAUAAUUGAUUUUUUUUUAAAUUAGUACUUGUUUAGAGAACAUGGAGGUUGGUUUAUUUUAGAAGCUGCAUAGGGCUGCUAACUCACAGAAUCAGGUCCUUAGAGCUAAUGUUAUACUUCGUAGUUCAAACUUUGUCUUAACUUUAGAUUUACUUCAAUUCAAUCGUAGACCAGUCUGAUAACUGCUGCUAUUUUUCGAUUUUAAGAUUUCUUUACAGGUUUGAAGGCAUAAUUGUCUGAAAAGUGAUUUGUUUGAAACCUAAGCUUGAGUUUUUUUUAUCUUCAGGGGGGCUAGUUUCAUUUAUUUUAAUUUUGGGGAUUUUUGAUUGACGAGUUAAUAAGUUGAUGCAUAGAGAUUUUAAAAUAGAAGAAUUCCAUUUUUUUUUCAUGUAUUCAAAAUGUAUAAUCGAUUGGUGCUUAGCUAGAUUUCUUUAGUGGAUGACCUGAAUAUCAGUUUAGUUUUAGGUAAUAAUUUGUGUUUUGUUAGAAAGAAAAAAAAAAAAAACAAGACCCGGACAGUUCAUAUUUUCCUCAAACAACUAACUUGGGUAGUAGCAAAAGAUCACUAAAUUGGUCAUUUGGUCUGCACUUUUAAGCUUUGGUUAUAGUAUAAUGAGUUUUUAUUGUAAUAUUAUACUCAAUUAAAGAUUUAAGAGAAGAGCUUACCGGGGAGACGUUAUCAAGGUGCCACACUUAUCUGAGUAUUUUGAGUUCAGCUGCUAACAGGUAAGUUCACUACCACCUGUACAUGUUUGUUCAACCAAAUGAAAGAAAGAAGUCUGGUUGAUUUUUAAUAGAUAAUUUUAGACUAUUUGCUAUUAUGUGAACUAUGUGAAUUAUGUGAUGAGUUAUUUUAUUGCUAGAUUAAGUUAUGUUUAUUAUCUGGCAUAGUCAAGAUUUGUUAGUACUUUCGUUUCCAGAUUUAAUGAUGUUUAGUCAAACGUCACCAUAAAAAGAACUAAUACUUAAAGUGAAAGAUUAAGUGAUAUGUACUCGGGAAUUAGAUCCCUCAGAUUAGCAGUUUUAGUUUUAGAUAGUCCGAUAUGUUUAGUGGGUCGCUCCCCUGAGCUGUCAGAUUGGCGCCAUUGAGUACAUAUCACGGGCCCACAGUUAAAAUUAGCCACAAAGAGUUUUACAGAAAGUUUAAUGAGAUCUCUUUCAGAAAGUUUUACAGAAAGUUUAAUGAGAUCUCUUUCAGAAAGUCUUACAGAAAGUUGUUUUUGAGAUCUCCUUCAGAAAGUUUACAGAGAUGUUUUUAGAAAGAAAUUUUGAGAUCUCUCCAGCAGUUUUGAGAAAUUAUUUUAGAAAAUAUUUCCUUUUGAGAUCUCCCUCAAAAUGAAUUUGAGAAGAUAUGUGUUAUUGUGUUAGUUACUUGUUCAGUGCAUGCUUAUAGCCUAAUUUUAUCUAUUGAUAAAUUAGCAUAGACUUCUCAUAUAUUUUUGUGGAUCCAUAGUGACUUACUAAGCGUAAAGCUUAUCAGUUUUCUUUCUUCGCAUGUACAGAUACUAAGGGUAAGGCCAAGGCCUAGGAAGAUGACGAGGGAGUGGAACGCGUGCCAAGAUGAGUUAACGGGAACGACCUUGGUGGCUUCUAGCUAGAUAAUAUUUGGUUUCAGUAUUUCAGUGUUAUAAUAAAGUGACUUAUAUUACUUUAUCUUUUUUAUUUGAGGAUUUGAAGUUUUAGCAAAUUCCUGGAUCCAGGUGGUUAUCACAUGUGCUGGUGAUAACUAUAUUUUAUUGAGUUUUUAUCAAGAGUUAUACUUUAAUUAUAUUUGAGAUUUUAUCAGGGUUAUUUUCUUAAAUAGACGGCCGUUAAUUGCAGCUAUUUUUUUUAAAAGUAGUAAGUUAGUGUAACGAUUCCUUUAACCCUGAGAGGGGCGUUACAAAUUUGGUAUCAGAGCCCAGGUUGUCCCGUAACUUCAUCUGUCACCGUACACGUGCUCGUCAUCUUCCAAGUAAGUACUUAUUUAUGUAAAGAGUCAUCUAGGCCAUAAUAUAUUUGGGUGUUGUUGGUAUUAGUUAGAUAGAAAAGUCAAGUAAGAGUAAUGUAUACUCAACUCGUAAAACCAUUAUGUCAUUACAAGUUAUCCAGAUUAAAAUUUUAUUCGAGUGCCUAAACUCUUAAGUUAGAUCUUCUAUUUCAUAUAGGAAGUAUUUAGGGUGGUUAUUUAAAACACCAUAGUUGUAGACUACUGGUCAUAUAUGUCUCGUGGUUAAGUAUUUACAGUCUUACCAUUCAGAUCUUGUUGAUCUUUCAUAAUAGACAUUUUGAAUACACCCCGUCUACUCAAGAUUUAAAUUAGAUUAAAAAAAAAGUUUUAGAAUUGGUCUAAUAUUUCAUGUUUUAUUACUCGAUUCCCAUCAGUUAUUUUUAUUUAUUAGCACACAUAUAUCAAAUAAAAUGUCAGUUUGGUAGGACCACACCGACCCGGUGCUUACAACGAAAGAAUAUUUCCCACAAGCACGUGAGUCAUUGUAUUAUAGUUAUUGCAUUUAUCUAUUUAUAAAUUAAAACUAUUUUAAAAAUGCUCAUGAUAUUAGCUCUAUCUUAUUAUUUGCCAAAAAAAAAUAGUGUAGUUAUAAGUUAGAGCUUAUUUUUUUAAUGUAAAAUGUUGAAGCUUCACUUUAGAUUUCAAAAGCUCUUAAAUAGUGGAUUCAAAUGUUUUAUCAACAAUAUCAUAAGCUGCAUGAUUUUUUUUAAGUGUUGAGUGUCGGUGUUUCAUGUUUGGUAUCUUAAAUUGCUGGGAGGGCCCCUCAGCGAUUUGAUGAUUCCAACAGGAGAUAUCGGUGAUCGGACACUACUUUAAAAUGAUCAAUGGUCAGAUUAUACAUUUCUUUACGUUGUAAAUGCUUAUUUCAAAAUAAGUUUUAAAGUGUGUUGAUUAAUCAUUUAAUGCGUUUAGUGAUUAAUGAUUGAUCACAUGGCAGUGAUUUUUUUUUACCAAAAUUCAAAUAAGUAAUUUUUUUAGUGAUAUAUUAGUAUAGUAUUUAGUUAUUUCCUCAAAAGUAUGUUUCAGAAGAAAUUUAGAGUUUUAAAAUAUCUCAAAGAAAUUUUCAGAGUAUUCUCAGCUUUUGGCACUGAGAUUUAAAAAAAUGUUGUACAUUCUUUUUACAAAGGUUGCCCUCACAUUUUUUCCCCCAUUGGUUACCAAAAGGAUAUUGAGUCUCACCACUUAAAUUUCUUUAGAAUGAUCUGCCAUUAAAGUCUAUAUAUGUGAUUCAAGUCUUUAAUAGUAUCUGGUCCGUAGAAGUUAGAUUACAAGAGCUGAGUGGAAGGAUUAGAUUAAACUAGUUUCUGGUAGAUCAUGUGAGUCUUGGAACCUCCUCGUGCACACUACGAUAUAGGGAUUUGUGAAGUGUGUUUCAAUACGAUGUGACCUAGAGUACGAAGAUUUUGAUAGAAUAAAGAAUAUGGUAGUAUGGUACUAUCAAGCUCUCGUAGAACCAUUAUGUAUGAGUAAUGGUAAAGUGUAUCCCAACGAGCUUGUGUGGGGAACUAGUAUGCUCUAUGAGUAAUAGAAUAAUUGGUGGGAGUAAAGAGUAUAAAGUUGGCACCACAAACUGUUAUAAGUCAAAGGCUUAAACCCGGAAAGUUGGGUAAGUUGUACUGUGCGACUUUUGAUUGAAUAAAUCAGUAUAUAUCAGUGGAGUUAAAAUUUAGAAUAUAAAACCGAUAAGAGCGUAAUUAUUUAGAUUUUUCUUUUGAAAGAUAUCGUGUAGAUUCCUUGAUCAGUUUAUUUUUUACAAUUGAAAUCUAAAGAGCAUAAUAAAGAUGCCGUGUAAAAAAAACAAUGGAUUCUGAGUUAGACUUUUACUGCGGAAAAUUUCAUUAUUUAGUCUAAGUUAGUCUUGGAUAUGACCCUGUACAGUUUAUUACCAGAUGACCUAUGGAAUUAUGUGUUACUUGCAGUUUGGCUUCCUUAUUUUGACAUAGUUGGAAGAUUAAAGUUAGAAGGAACAUUAUUGUGGAAUAUUAGCGAAGAAGUAACUUUCGAUAAUGAACGGCCCAAAGGAAGUUUACAAUUAAAAUAUUAUUAUUAUUAUUAUUAUUAUUAUUAUUAUUAUUAUUAUUUUGUCUCGUACAGACUACAUGUUUGAACAUAACACAUUUUUUUUUAUUAGUGAAGGGAUGAAGGGUUUAAAAAAAAAUCCAUAGCAUUUUUUUUCCGAAUCAUCCUACAGCUAAUUAAGGAAGCAAAGAGAGAGAAUUAUAAAGAAAUUAUUGAAAACAAAAGAAUGUCUGUUGUCAAGUAUUUUUUUGUCAAAUUCGUUUAAAAAUAAUAAUAAUGAUAUUUUGUCAAAUAUUUUAUGUCGGACACUUAUGUGUUUGACAAUCUCAAAUUUUGUUAAACAGAAUAUUUAUGAUGUCUUGUGUUUAAGAAACAUGAAAAUUUUAAAGCUAAACAAACAGUUCCUUUUGAAUAUUGGCAGUUUAAUGUUAACCCGCAUACUGAUAUAUAGAGGGAGCCCAAGAAGAUUUUUCUUCUAGAUAUUGAGGCUAUUAGUUUCAAUUACUAAAUUAUACAGUAUAUAUGUUUUAAGAUUGGAUAAGAUAGAUGCUCACCUCAUUAAAAAUUAGAUAUAGUUGUUUGUUUCAAAACUGAAAUUCUAAGAUAAAAAUGAAAAUUUUAAUUUACAAUUUAAUUCAACUUCCUGACUACUCAGGAAUACAAAUCAGUGAAGUACAAGUUUGGGCUCCAGAGGUAUAGAAACACAAGAAAGUCUGUUUUUCUUUUUGAUGAAAAGAUAAUUGUGAGGUGUUGCGUGGUAAAAAAAGAAGAAGAAGAAGAGAGUUUAGUAGUUUAAUCUACUUUAGAAUUUACAGUGGAUUAUUAAAACAAAUGAAGAUUCCCCUUAUGCUUUAGGAAAGAUUUUCUUGUAGAGAACCACCUUGACAAUAGACAGUAGAAGUGUAACAUACCAAGAGAAUGAUUUUUCUUGAAAGUAUAAAACAUGCACUAGACUUGAGUACUUCAUCACGCCUAAAAGAAGAAGAAGUCAUAAGGAUCCAACAGUAAAUACAUAAUACUAUGUUUGUGUCAUUAAUUUUUUUUUUUAAAAAAAAAAUAGGCUUACAUAUGAGUCUCAUACGUCAUAACGCUGCUACGAUGAACAGUUUGUGAGAUAGCUAAUAAGUUGGUAUAAUACAAAAAGGGCGUGUUGCAUAAAUAAAGCAAUCUGUUGGAUAGAAUCGAUAAAUGGCGAAUGAGAAAACUCCAUCCUUACCCACACCGUCAAUAAAUUGUGAAGAGGAAACUCUUAAAGAUCACAGGGAAGAAAACAUUUUUCAGAUACUGUAAUGCUAGAAUUUCAGCAAUCAAGGAUUAAUUUUGGAAAGAGUUCUAUUCUUAUAUAUUUUUAAAAAAAAAAAGUUUGGCUUAUGUAGGCAUACCAAUACCAGUGGAAGGUGAUUUUCAUUUUCAUUUUUAGUAGUAUGUGGGGUAAGUUUUUAUGACACAGUAAAAUUUGACUAUUGUUUUUCCUUUUCAUUUUAAUAAGCAAAAUAGGCAAAGUAAUUAGUAUACAUAUGCAAUCUUGUGAGAUUGUGAUCUUGUGAUGUAGUGUUAGCAGAAAAUAUUAGUGUUUAAACAAGUUUUCUUGUUGAGGUAAAUUAUCAAGAAUUUGUUGUGAUCUUGUGUAGUAGUAGUAUGUCUCCCCAAUAAUAGAAACAUGAUCUGAUUAAUAAUUGCAAGAAAUGUCAGUUUGAAAUUGAAGCAUUAAAGUCACAUGCUCCUGAAGUAAGUAACCUUGUAAAAGAUACAAAGUUAUUGUCGUUGCAUUAAAACCAUGUGAGAGGUCAGAAAAGAAAUAAUGUGAGAUGGCGUUAUCCCGCGUUGUUCUAAGUUUCGAGGACGAAACUUUUAUAAGGUGGGAGGGGUUGUAACACCCUGAGUUUAGCGAUCUAGUUACAUUAAUUUUUUAUUUUAUUUAGUUAGAUGAAUAAGUUUAUUUUAUGAAUAAUGUGAUUUAUUGUUUGAUCAUGUGUUGUUUUGGCAGUUAACGUUGACCGGUAAGCUCUAAUAAUUUCAAGUGGAGAAAUAAGUAAUGUUUUAAAGCUUAAUCAGUUUAUUUUUAAAUAGAAGAUACUUUUAAUGUCUUAGAAACAUAUUUUUAAGAGAUGAUUAGAAGCCCAAUUCAGUUAACUAAGCCCAUGUUUGAGAUUGAAAUCCCUAAGAAGUGGUCAUACGUGUUAUUAAAAACCAAGGUCUCGACAUGCGUCUCUAUCCUUCCAUCAGCAGCCGUCUCUUCUCCCCGGAAGAGUUUUCAUUACUUUCAAUUUGCGAUCAAAGUUGUACUUAGUUCUGAAUCAAAUCUAAAACCUGGUAUGUUACAAGUUUCCUUCGGUCACAUACUUUCUUUUUACAUUGCCAGAAUACUUUUGAAAGUAGGUUGUUUAUUUAGGCAGAAAAGUUUCCACCGAAAGCAAUUCUAAAUUUUUUGGUUAAACUGUUCGGUUGUAUUUUUGAGUGGAAUUGGCAUAAUUGAUUUUUUUUUAAAUUAGUACUUGUUUAGAGAACAUGGAGGUUGGUUUAUUUUAGAAGCUGCAUAGGGCUGCUAACUCACAGAAUCAGGUCCUUAGAGCUAAUGUUAUACUUCGUAGUUCAAACUUUGUCUUAACUUUAGAUUUACUUCAAUUCAAUCGUAGACCAGUCUGAUAACUGCUGCUAUUUUUCGAUUUUAAGAUUUCUUUACAGGUUUGAAGGCAUAAUUGUCUGAAAAGUGAUUUGUUUGAAACCUAAGCUUGAGUUUUUUUUAUCUUCAGGGGGGCUAGUUUCAUUUAUUUUAAUUUUGGGGAUUUUUGAUUGACGAGUUAAUAAGUUGAUGCAUAGAGAUUUUAAAAUAGAAGAAUUCCAUUUUUUUUCAUGUAUUCAAAAUGUAUAAUCGAUUGGUGCUUAGCUAGAUUUCUUUAGUGGAUGACCUGAAUAUCAGUUUAGUUUUAGGUAAUAAUUUGUGUUUUGUUAGAAAGAAAAAAAAAACAAGACCCGGACAGUUCAUAUUUUCCUCAAACAACUAACUUGGGUAGUAGCAAAAGAUCACUAAAUUGGUCAUUUGGUCUGCACUUUUAAGCUUUGGUUAUAGUAUAAUGAGUUUUUAUUGUAAUAUUAUACUCAAUUAAAGAUUUAAGAGAAGAGCUUACCGGGGAGACGUUAUCAAGGUGCCACACUUAUCUGAGUAUUUUGAGUUCAGCUGCUAACAGGUAAGUUCACUACCACCUGUACAUGUUUGUUCAACCAAAUGAAAGAAAGAAGUCUGGUUGAUUUUUAAUAGAUAAUUUUAGACUAUUUGCUAUUAUGUGAACUAUGUGAAUUAUGUGAUGAGUUAUUUUAUUGCUAGAUUAAGUUAUGUUUAUUAUCUGGCAUAGUCAAGAUUUGUUAGUACUUUCGUUUCCAGAUUUAAUGAUGUUUAGUCAAACGUCACCAUAAAAAGAACUAAUACUUAAAGUGAAAGAUUAAGUGAUAUGUACUCGGGAAUUAGAUCCCUCAGAUUAGCAGUUUUAGUUUUAGAUAGUCCGAUAUGUUUAGUGGGUCGCUCCCCUGAGCUGUCAGAUUGGCGCCAUUGAGUACAUAUCACGGGCCCACAGUUAAAAUUAGCCACAAAGAGUUUUACAGAAAGUUUAAUGAGAUCUCUUUCAGAAAGUUUUACAGAAAGUUUAAUGAGAUCUCUUUCAGAAAGUCUUACAGAAAGUUGUUUUUGAGAUCUCCUUCAGAAAGUUUACAGAGAUGUUUUUAGAAAGAAAUUUUGAGAUCUCUCCAGCAGUUUUGAGAAAUUAUUUUAGAAAAUAUUUCCUUUUGAGAUCUCCCUCAAAAUGAAUUUGAGAAGAUAUGUGUUAUUGUGUUAGUUACUUGUUCAGUGCAUGCUUAUAGCCUAAUUUUAUCUAUUGAUAAAUUAGCAUAGACUUCUGAUAUAUUUUUGUGGAUCCAUAGUGACUUACUAAGCGUAAAGCUUAUCAGUUUUCUUUCUUCGCAUGUACAGAUACUAAGGGUAAGGCCAAGGCCUAGGAAGAUGACGAGGGAGUGGAACGCGUGCCAAGAUGAGUUAACGGGAACGACCUUGGUGGCUUCUAGCUAGAUAAUAUUUGGUUUCAGUAUUUCAGUGUUAUAAUAAAGUGACUUAUAUUACUUUAUCUUUUUUAUUUGAGGAUUUGAAGUUUUAGCAAAUUCCUGGAUCCAGGUGGUUAUCACAUGUGCUGGUGAUAACUAUAUUUUAUUGAGUUUUUAUCAAGAGUUAUACUUUAAUUAUAUUUGAGAUUUUAUCAGGGUUAUUUUCUUAAAUAGACGGCCGUUAAUUGCAGCUAUUUUUUUUAAAAGUAGUAAGUUAGUGUAACGAUUCCUUUAACCCUGAGAGGGGCGUUACAAAUUUGGUAUCAGAGCCCAGGUUGUCCCGUAACUUCAUCUGUCACCGUACACGUGCUCGUCAUCUUCCAAGUAAGUACUUAUUUAUGUAAAGAGUCAUCUAGGCCAUAAUAUAUUUGGGUGUUGUUGGUAUUAGUUAGAUAGAAAAGUCAAGUAAGAGUAAUGUAUACUCAACUCGUAAAACCAUUAUGUCAUUACAAGUUAUCCAGAUUAAAAUUUUAUUCGAGUGCCUAAACUCUUAAGUUAGAUCUUCUAUUUCAUAUAGGAAGUAUUUAGGGUGGUUAUUUAAAACACCAUAGUUGUAGACUACUGGUCAUAUAUGUCUCGUGGUUAAGUAUUUACAGUCUUACCAUUCAGAUCUUGUUGAUCUUUCAUAAUAGACAUUUUGAAUACACCCCGUCUACUCAAGAUUUAAAUUAGAUUAAAAAAAAAGUUUUAGAAUUGGUCUAAUAUUUCAUGUUUUAUUACUCGAUUCCCAUCAGUUAUUUUUAUUUAUUAGCACACAUAUAUCAAAUAAAAUGUCAGUUUGGUAGGACCACACCGACCCGGUGCUUACAACGAAAGAAUAUUUCCCACAAGCACGUGAGUCAUUGUAUUAUAGUUAUUGCAUUUAUCUAUUUAUAAAUUAAAACUAUUUUAAAAAUGCUCAUGAUAUUAGCUCUAUCUUAUUAUUUGCCAAAAAAAAAAUAGUGUAGUUAUAAGUUAGAGCUUAUUUUUUUAAUGUAAAAUGUUGAAGCUUCACUUUAGAUUUCAAAAGCUCUUAAAUAGUGGAUUCAAAUGUUUUAUCAACAAUAUCAUAAGCUGCAUGAUUUUUUUUUAAGUGUUGAGUGUCGGUGUUUCAUGUUUGGUAUCUUAAAUUGCUGGGAGGGCCCCUCAGCGAUUUGAUGAUUCCAACAGGAGAUAUCGGUGAUCGGACACUACUUUAAAAUGAUCAAUGGUCAGAUUAUACAUUUCUUUACGUUGUAAAUGCUUAUUUCAAAAUAAGUUUUAAAGUGUGUUGAUUAAUCAUUUAAUGCGUUUAGUGAUUAAUGAUUGAUCACAUGGCAGUGAUUUUUUUUUACCAAAAUUCAAAUAAGUAAUUUUUUUAGUGAUAUAUUAGUAUUGUAUUUAGUUAUUUCCUCAAAAGUAUGUUUCAGAAGAAAUUUAGAGUUUUAAAAUAUCUCAAAGAAAUUUUCAGAGUAUUCUCAGCUUUUGGCACUGAGAUUUAAAAAAAUGUUGUACAUUCUUUUUACAAAGGUUGCCCUCACAUUUUUCCCCCAUUGGUUACCAAAAGGAUAUUGAGUCUCACCACUUAAAUUUCUUUAGAAUGAUCUGCCAUUAAAGUCUAUAUAUGUGAUUCAAGUCUUUAAUAGUAUCUGGUCCGUAGAAGUUAGAUUACAAGAGCUGAGUGGAAGGAUUAGAUUAAACUAGUUUCUGGUAGAUCAUGUGAGUCUUGGAACCUCCUCGUGCACACUACGAUAUAGGGAUUUGUGAAGUGUGUUUCAAUACGAUGUGACCUAGAGUACGAAGAUUUUGAUAGAAUAAAGAAUAUGGUAGUAUGGUACUAUCAAGCUCUCGUAGAACCAUUAUGUAUGAGUAAUGGUAAAGUGUAUCCCAACGAGCUUGUGUGGGGAACUAGUAUGCUCUAUGAGUAAUAGAAUAAUUGGUGGGAGUAAAGAGUAUAAAGUUGGCACCACAAACUGUUAUAAGUCAAAGGCUUAAACCCGGAAAGUUGGGUAAGUUGUACUGUGCGACUUUUGAUUGAAUAAAUCAGUAUAUAUCAGUGGAGUUAAAAUUUAGAAUAUAAAACCGAUAAGAGCGUAAUUAUUUAGAUUUUUCUUUUGAAAGAUAUCGUGUAGAUUCCUUGAUUAGUUUAUUUUUUACAAUUGAAAUCUAAAGAGCAUAAUAAAGAUGCCGUGUAAAAAAAAACAAUGGAUUCUGAGUUAGACUUUUACUGCGGAAAAUUUCAUUAUUUAGUCUAAGUUAGUCUUGGAUAUGACCCUGUACAGUUUAUUACCAGAUGACCUAUGGAAUUAUGUGUUACUUGCAGUUUGGCUUCCUUAUUUUGACAUAGUUGGAAGAUUAAAGUUAGAAGGAACAUUAUUGUGGAAUAUUAGCGAAGAAGUAACUUUCGAUAAUGAACGGCCCAAAGGAAGUUUACAAUUAAAAUAUUAUUAUUAUUAUUAUUAUUUUGUCUCGUACAGACUACAUGUUUGAACAUAACACAUUUUUUUUUAUUAGUGAAGGGAUGAAGGGUUUAAAAAAAAAUCCAUAGCAUUUUUUUUCCGAAUCAUCCUACAGCUAAUUAAGGAAGCAAAGAGAGAGAAUUAUAAAGAAAUUAUUGAAAACAAAAGAAUGUCUGUUGUCAAGUAUUUUUUUGUCAAAUUCGUUUAAAAAUAAUAAUAAUGAUAUUUUGUCAAAUAUUUUAUGUCGGACACUUAUGUGUUUGACAAUCUCAAAUUUUGUUAAACAGAAUAUUUAUGAUGUCUUGUGUUUAAGAAACAUGAAAAUUUUAAAGCUAAACAAACAGUUCCUUUUGAAUAUUGGCAGUUUAAUGUUAACCCGCAUACUGAUAUAUAGAGGGAGCCCAAGAAGAUUUUUCUUCUAGAUAUUGAGGCUAUUAGUUUCAAUUACUAAAUUAUACAGUAUAUAUGUUUUAAGAUUGGAUAAGAUAGAUGCUCACCUCAUUAAAAAUUAGAUAUAGUUGUUUGUUUCAAAACUGAAAUUCUAAGAUAAAAAUGAAAAAUUUAAUUUACAAUUUAAUUCAACUUCCUGACUACUCAGGAAUACAAAUCAGUGAAGUACAAGUUUGGGCUCCAGAGGUAUAGAAACACAAGAAAGUCUGUUUUUCUUUUUGAUGAAAAGAUAAUUGUGAGGUGUUGCGUGGUAAAAAAAGAAGAAGAAGAAGAGAGUUUAGUAGUUUAAUCUACUUUAGAAUUUACAGUGGAUUAUUAAAACAAAUGAAGAUUCCCCUUAUGCUUUAGGAAAGAUUUUCUUGUAGAGAACCACCUUGACAAUAGACAGUAGAAGUGUAACAUACCAAGAGAAUGAUUUUUCUUGAAAGUAUAAAACAUGCACUAGACUUGAGUACUUCAUCACGCCUAAAAGAAGAAGAAGUCAUAAGGAUCCAACAGUAAAUACAUAAUACUAUGUUUGUGUCAUUAAUUUUUUUUUUAAAAAAAAAAAUAGGCUUACAUAUGAGUCUCAUACGUCAUAACGCUGCUACGAUGAACAGUUUGUGAGAUAGCUAAUAAGUUGGUAUAAUACAAAAAGGGCGUGUUGCAUAAAUAAAGCAAUCUGUUGGAUAGAAUCGAUAAAUGGCGAAUGAGAAAACUCCAUCCUUACCCACACCGUCAAUAAAUUGUGAAGAGGAAACUCUUAAAGAUCACAGGGAAGAAAACAUUUUUCAGAUACUGUAAUGCUAGAAUUUCAGCAAUCAAGGAUUAAUUUUGGAAAGAGUUCUAUUCUUAUAUAUUUUUAAAAAAAAAAGUUUGGCUUAUGUAGGCAUACCAAUACCAGUGGAAGGUGAUUUUCAUUUUCAUUUUUAGUAGUAUGUGGGGUAAGUUUUUAUGACACAGUAAAAUUUGACUAUUGUUUUUCCUUUUCAUUUUAAUAAGCAAAAUAGGCAAAGUAAUUAGUAUACAUAUGCAAUCUUGUGAGAUUGUGAUCUUGUGAUGUAGUGUUAGCAGAAAAUAUUAGUGUUUAAACAAGUUUUCUUGUUGAGGUAAAUUAUCAAGAAUUUGUUGUGAUCUUGUGUAGUAGUAGUAUGUCUCCCCAAUAAUAGAAACAUGAUCUGAUUAAUAAUUGCAAGAAAUGUCAGUUUGAAAUUGAAGCAUUAAAGUCACAUGCUCCUGAAGUAAGUAACCUUGUAAAAGAUACAAAGUUAUUGUCGUUGCAUUAAAACCAUGUGAGAGGUCAGAAAAGAAAUAAUGUGAGAUGGCGUUAUCCCGCGUUGUUCUAAGUUUCGAGGACGAAACUUUUAUAAGGUGGGAGGGGUUGUAACACCCCGAGUUUAGCGAUCUAGUUACAUUAAUUUUUUAUUUUAUUUAGUUAGAUGAAUAAGUUUAUUUUAUGAAUAAUGUGAUUUAUUGUUUGAUCAUGUGUUGUUUUGGCAGUUAACGUUGACCGGUAAGCUCUAAUAAUUUCAAGUGGAGAAAUAAGUAAUGUUUUAAAGCUUAAUCAGUUUAUUUUUAAAUAGAAGAUACUUUUAAUGUCUUAGAAACAUAUUUUUAAGAGAUGAUUAGAAGCCCAAUUCAGUUAACUAAGCCCAUGUUUGAGAUUGAAAUCCCUAAGAAGUGGUCAUACGUGUUAUUAAAAACCAAGGUCUCGACAUGCGUCUCUAUCCUUCCAUCAGCAGCCGUCUCUUCUCCCCGGAAGAGUUUUCAUUACUUUCAAUUUGCGAUCAAAGUUGUACUUAGUUCUGAAUCAAAUCUAAAACCUGGUAUGUUACAAGUUUCCUUCGGUCACAUACUUUCUUUUUACAUUGCCAGAAUACUUUUGAAAGUAGGUUGUUUAUUUAGGCAGAAAAGUUUCCACCGAAAGCAAUUCUAAAUUUUUUGGUUAAACUGUUCGGUUGUAUUUUUGAGUGGAAUUGGCAUAAUUGAUUUUUUUUUUAAAUUAGUACUUGUUUAGAGAACAUGGAGGUUGGUUUAUUUUAGAAGCUGCAUAGGGCUGCUAACUCACAGAAUCAGGUCCUUAGAGCUAAUGUUAUACUUCGUAGUUCAAACUUUGUCUUAACUUUAGAUUUACUUCAAUUCAAUCGUAGACCAGUCUGAUAACUGCUGCUAUUUUUCGAUUUUAAGAUUUCUUUACAGGUUUGAAGGCAUAAUUGUCUGAAAAGUGAUUUGUUUGAAACCUAAGCUUGAGUUUUUUUUAUCUUCAGGGGGGCUAGUUUCAUUUAUUUUAAUUUUGGGGAUUUUUGAUUGACGAGUUAAUAAGUUGAUGCAUAGAGAUUUUAAAAUAGAAGAAUUCCAUUUUUUUUCAUGUAUUCAAAAUGUAUAAUCGAUUGGUGCUUAGCUAGAUUUCUUUAGUGGAUGACCUGAAUAUCAGUUUAGUUUUAGGUAAUAAUUUGUGUUUUGUUAGAAAGAACAAAAAAAAAAAACAAGACCCGGACAGUUCAUAUUUUCCUCAAACAACUAACUUGGGUAGUAGCAAAAGAUCACUAAAUUGGUCAUUUGGUCUGCACUUUUAAGCUUUGGUUAUAGUAUAAUGAGUUUUUAUUGUAAUAUUAUACUCAAUUAAAGAUUUAAGAGAAGAGCUUACCGGGGAGACGUUAUCAAGGUGCCACACUUAUCUGAGUAUUUUGAGUUCAGCUGCUAACAGGUAAGUUCACUACCACCUGUACAUGUUUGUUCAACCAAAUGAAAGAAAGAAGUCUGGUUGAUUUUUAAUAGAUAAUUUUAGACUAUUUGCUAUUAUGUGAACUAUGUGAAUUAUGUGAUGAGUUAUUUUAUUGCUAGAUUAAGUUAUGUUUAUUAUCUGGCAUAGUCAAGAUUUGUUAGUACUUUCGUUUCCAGAUUUAAUGAUGUUUAGUCAAACGUCACCAUAAAAAGAACUAAUACUUAAAGUGAAAGAUUAAGUGAUAUGUACUCGGGAAUUAGAUCCCUCAGAUUAGCAGUUUUAGUUUUAGAUAGUCCGAUAUGUUUAGUGGGUCGCUUCCCUGAGCUGUCAGAUUGGCGCCAUUGAGUACAUAUCACGGGCCCACAGUUAAAAUUAGCCACAAAGAGUUUUACAGAAAGUUUAAUGAGAUCUCUUUCAGAAAGUUUUACAGAAAGUUUAAUGAGAUCUCUUUCAGAAAGUCUUACAGAAAGUUGUUUUUGAGAUCUCCUUCAGAAAGUUUACAGAGAUGUUUUUAGAAAGAAAUUUUGAGAUCUCUCCAGCAGUUUUGAGAAAUUAUUUUAGAAAAUAUUUCCUUUUGAGAUCUCCCUCAAAAUGAAUUUGAGAAGAUAUGUGUUAUUGUGUUAGUUACUUGUUCAGUGCAUGCUUAUAGCCUAAUUUUAUCUAUUGAUAAAUUAGCAUAGACUUUUCAUAUAUUUUUGUGGAUCCAUAGUGACUUACUAAGCGUAAAGCUUAUCAGUUUUCUUUCUUCGCAUGUACAGAUACUAAGGGUAAGGCCAAGGCCUAGGAAGAUGACGAGGGAGUGGAACGCGUGCCAAGAUGAGUUAACGGGAACGACCUUGGUGGCUUCUAGCUAGAUAAUAUUUGGUUUCAGUAUUUCAGUGUUAUAAUAAAGUGACUUAUAUUACUUUAUCUUUUUUAUUUGAGGAUUUGAAGUUUUAGCAAAUUCCUGGAUCCAGGUGGUUAUCACAUGUGCUGGUGAUAACUAUAUUUUAUUGAGUUUUUAUCAAGAGUUAUACUUUAAUUAUAUUUGAGAUUUUAUCAGGGUUAUUUUCUUAAAUAGACGGCCGUUAAUUGCA